AUGUCAGAUUAAAAAAUAUUCAAUAAUAUAUGGUAAAUUCAAAAAAAAAUAAGUUCUGGUAGUUUUGGAGUUGUAUAUACAGGUUAGAAUAUACUUACGAAAGAAUAAGUAGCAAUAAAACUUGAAAAAGAUGACCCAGACGAUGUAAGAACUUUAGAUAAAGAAAUAAAAAUAUUAAAAAAACUUGAAGGAUUGCCAAAUGUUCCCCGUUUAUUAUGGGAUGGAGAAGAGCAUACGUAUCAUUUGAUAGUAUUAAAUCUAUUAGGCAAGGAUUUAUCAUAUUAUCGAAAGCAGUUGAAGAAGUUUAGCUUAAAAACAAUAUUAUUAUUAAUAGAUUAAUUAAUAACUGUAAUUGAAUAAAUUCAUAAUCGAUCCAUUUUACAUAGAGAUUUAAAACCAGAAAAUAUACUUAUGGGAAGAGACGAGAAUUUAAAUAAUGUUUAUAUAAUUGACUUUGGGAUUUCCAAAAUUUAUUAAAACUAUGAAGGUAAACAUAUAAAAUUCAAAGAAGAAAAACCUUUUAUUGGAACUACGCGAUAUGCAUCUAUCGCAGCACAUAAAGGAUAUGAAUUGGGAAGGAAAGACGAUCUGGAAUCUCUUCUUUAUGUUCUUAUUUUUUUAUAUAAAGGAAUUUUACCUUGGUAGAAUAUCCAGGAUAUUGAAGAAGAAGAUAGGGAAUAAGUAUAUAUUUUUAUUUUUUUCUAAUAAUAUUUAAAAAAUAAUUAAAAAAGGCAGUUUAAGAUAUGA